AUGAAUUAUUCAUCUUUGGAGUCAUAUUUCAAGACAAAAUUCAAAAAGGACAUAGUAGUCGACAGUAUUCAUUCUACGAACUACACAAAACAAUCCUGUGUUGACGUUGAAAAAUUGUCAUUCUCCAUUCAUGUGCCGUACGAGCAAUUAAAAAGUUGGCAUGAAGUAAAACAAACUGUUGCUAGUUCGUGUUCAUAUGUACAAUUACUCAACGUAUUUGUUGGUAAAUCGUAUCCUACCCGAAUCAAGGAGAAUUGUUCACGAAUUGAAAAUUUAUUACGAGUAUCUUGUUCAAAAGCAGCGAAACAACUUGCUGGAACAAGUGGUAGAAAACGGGAAAACUUGCUGGACAAAGUGAAGAGCAUUGCAGUGUUGCAAGAUGAACUCCUUACAGUUUCAUCUAUCUGUCACUUAGAAAGCGAAGUCUCGCGUCUGGAGAAAGAAAAUGGGUUGAUGAGAAGUCAAAAUGUUGUCCUAGACAUCAAACAUCAACAGGCCUCUACCCUUGCAACCAGACUUGAAGCUAAACUCGACCAGGCCUCUACUGACAUUGAGAAAUUAAAGGAAGAUAAUCGAAGCUUAUAUGAUGUCAUUCAAAGCAUCUCACCACAAGCACAUUUUGAAGAUAAAGGUAAAAAUAUUUCAGAAGUUGGAAAACGUCAACAAGAGCGUAAAUUAAAGACGCUCAAAACCAAGGUAGAACAAGUAUUAUGGUUUAGUGAAUCUUAUGGUCUGCACUUAGACACAGUCAACUUUGUUGACAAUUGUGGAAAACCAUAUGGCCUUUCAUUUGGGGGAAAAACUGGUAAGUCAUAUAAAGAACUUCCAGUUGAGGAGCAACAGAAAGUCGAGCAGAUUUUGUAUAUUAUGGACAAAUUCUGUAUUGGCGAGGCCACUUAUCAUGAAUUAACAUGCUGCCUUGGAGGCAGGAACCUACCAAGGUCUUACCUCAUCAAAGAAUGCAAAGAAGAUAUCAACAAGCUCGUAUAUAUUGAAAGAACACCGGGGGAACCAAAUGGUGCAGCACUUAACUUUUGUGAUGAGUUAAGGUGUGUCAUUGAAAAGAUGGUAAGAUAAUAUUUAUUUAAUUUUGCACUAUUAAGUCUACUUUGUUACUAAAUCUGUAUCAUCAACAAAUACAGUAUUAAAACAGUCUUACCAUUAUAUCAAAGAUGGAUGUGCCAUUAAAACGUAAUCAUACCUUUAUCACUUGAUAACUGGUCACCAAUUGUGACUAUAUUUUUUAAUCUGGUGACCAGGCAGACACUUGCCAAAGAUAGCCCUCAUAGAAACUGAGAAAGUAAUUCUAAAGUCUUAAAAUAUUUCAGUGAUCAAGCAGUUAAUUCUGCUUGUGCACAUAAUUUGCAAACAUAUUAAACAACUGUUUUUUAUGUUACUUUAUACAAAGAGAAUAAUUUAUAACACAUUCAAUUGGGGGAGACCUGAUAUAUAAUUUGGGGACCAGAUCUUAUUCACUAGUACCUACUUGGGCAACUAGAAAAGUUUUAAAAUUUCAAUCCCUGCUUUAUAAUUAUAUUAUAAUUAUCUUAGAUAGAAAAAGAUGAGACACUGGCAGAAACAACAUUCAAAGUUAAAAUUAGUGGUGAUGGUGCGAAGAUGACUCGUGUUACCAAUUUCAUAAUAAUCACCUUUUCAAUUCUGAAUGAUGAGAACACUGUAAUGUCAGCAAAGGGUAAAUAUUUGGUUUAACAGUCAUUUUAUUACAGAAGUAGCAACCCUUUAUAAGCCCCGAAAGUCCUGUUGAGUCGCAUUGUGCCCUUAUGCGCCCUACUUUAUUAAUUUACUCUGUGUAUGCCAGCUUAUACUGGUUGAUCUUACUUAGCAAUGGAAGAACCCCUAGGCCUUGAAGUAUUUAAUUAGCGCUUGACUAUAAUGUAAGUUUUGUCAAGUCGGUCAAUUUUAUAUUCAAAGGCACAGAGAGAAGAAUCAAUUUAGUUACAUAGUAAUUAUCUCUAAUCUUCUUUUUUUAUGGAGGCAACCAUACAGUUGCAGUCAUUAAGGGCCACGAAGAUUAUCAUCUACUGAAGACUUCUUGUUCAAAGAUCUUUGAUGAUAUAAACAAAUUAACAAAAGCUGGGAAAAUUAAGGUUAAAGAUAAAGAUGUAAGCAUUGAGAUGUUCCUGGAAGGAGAUUAUAAGGUAAACAUGACAAAUGUUGAUUUCCACAGAAUCAGAUCUUUGUCCUUAUGCUGUUAUCAUGUAUGAAUGAGCCUAAUUCUUGGUUUGGACCUGAUGUCAUGGUGGCCAUGUUGGAGGAUAAUAAUACCAUAACAGCUAUAAUGUGCUUGGAGCGUGUUUUCUUCCAACAUGGCUGCCAUAUCUCUUGCUUGUCAAUCUCAAAGGAUUGAUUACAAAUCAACACUGGCUAGGUUGGGUUCCACCCGUUUUGCCUUGUGCCCGUUGUAUUUCUAUCAUCUUCAGUCCCCCAACCAUAUCCAACACCAGAGGUCAUGAUCCUAUUCACAGGCUAGAAUUAGCCAAAAAGUAAAAGGAAUGUGGAAAUUCCAAUAUUACGUGCAUAUAUAUAUAUUAUAUUAUAACUCAGACAGAGUUUUUCUUUGCUUUCCCUGUAUUGCCGGAACGUUGCUUGUAAUAGCACCUAAUAUCCAAUUUUCUAUAAAUGUAGUUUCUGCUGUUAGUGCUUGGAUGUAAAGGAGCAACAUCCGAUCACGCUUGCAUCUGGUGUAAAAUACAUAAGCUUCUAAGGUAAUAUAAUUAUAAAAUAAUAACAGAUAAUUGUACUGAUAUUGUGCAUGAUAAUAAAUGAGACUAAGUCAAAGAGAUGUUACUGAGCCUUGGUUUUAUCUUGAGAUUUUUGCAGGAGUGGUUCCAAUGUUUAUCAUAUUGAUAAUGUAUUUGUAGAUGGGAUAUGUCCAAAGGAAUGGAUUACUGGGUUGAAAAUGAGUUUCGCUCCCUCCAAGACAUCAGAGAAUGUGCAAUGAAAAAUCAGUUUUCUUGUCAGCACAAACCAUUGCUCCAUAUCAAACUUGAAAACGUAGUGUUGGACGAGCUACAUUUGAUGCUCCGUAUUACAGGUAUAAUUAUUUUUCUCUGCCUAUAUAUUAUGCAAGACGAUUUUACUUAUCAAGGGGAGAGAGCGCUGGCGCUUAAUGAGUUAACAACAAAAUAUUUAGUACCCACCAAUGGAGAAAGGUACUAAUGGAGAAAGCACUUGACACAAUCCAGUUUACCUAAGUGAUGGACAUUAAUGUGCCAUUUCCAUUGAAUAGGUUGACCAAGUCCUAGGUAUUAGGAUAACUUUCUUCCCCACACCCUUAUACUUGUGCUAAAUUAAGGGGACAAAAUUAAAACUACUUAUGUACGGUACCUUAUUUAUUCACUUUAGAUAUCCUUACAAAGAGUUUGGUAAAUCAAGCUUUGGGGUGGGAUACCAAGGAAAAUCUCAAUAAGGCUCCAAAGGAUAGGACAACUAAACACUUAUCUGAUCUCACGAACUCAAUCCGGGAAUGCGGCGUCACAUUUGAUGUAUGGGAGAAGAAAGAUGGAGAUGGAAGGGGAAGUGGUAUUUAUGACUUUACGAGCUUGAUGGGAUCGGAUAAGAAGAUCCUAAUGAAGUCCCUGCCAGAAAAGUUGCCAGAAGUACUUAAACCAGGCAGAGCUAGUAAAUCAGUUGUAAAACUUUGGAAGGUACAAAUUGUUACACACAUGUAAAAUAAAUUACUAUUACAUAAAUAACCUUUUAUAUAGUACCGGUAAGUAUAAAUUUAAAACGUUACAAAUGUAAAUUCACCCAAUACUCUCAUCUUUAUAACAGGAUUUCAAUGAAAUUUACAAGAUGAUGAAUGAGUGCAACCCAUCAAAUGAAAGAAUUAAAGAAUUCUUUGAAAAGGUAUAUAUAUAUAAUUUGUAUGUAUGUAUAUCAUGUAAGAUAUAUUAAAUCAUUUGUAUGUCGAAGUUAGUGAUGUGCCUACAGUAAUACUGUUUUGCGGAUGGUACCAGAAAGUAGCCUACCGGAUACUGGUCACUCCCAGGGAAAAACAGGUAGUCUGAUUUUGGAUAGCAAUUUAAUUUGAAUUGUUAAAUUUGUAUUUUAUUAGGCCAGGGCAUGGGUACAGUUAUUUGUCUCCCUGGGUGGAGAAGUUGCAGGGUUCGGCAAGCAGCAGGUAACACCAUACAUGCACUGCCUAGUGUACCAUGUCCCCCAAUUUAUGAAGAAACACAAUGGAAUGAGAAAGUUUUCAGGACAAGGUAAACAACUUAUACUGUACAGCUAAUUCAACUAAUUAAAGUUGUCAUGAAGCAAAUGUUAAAUAUGAGCGUGAAAAGCAUUAAAAAAAAUAUUUCGGAAAACCAAAAUAUUAGUUAGUGCACGUAACAGAAUUAAUUUCAAUUUGUUUUAAUUUAAUAUCCGUUAAUUUGUUCAAUCAAAGGAGUAGAAAAAAACAACGAUGACGCAAGGCGAUUUCAUCUCACAAAAUCCAAUAAGUGGGAUGCACCAAAGGACAUAUUAUUGGGGAGCAAGCGGCAGCAAAUAUUCGGGGAGCAUGAAAGAGUUCGGAGGCAGUAUAGAAAAAGGAGCGCAGAAUAUUGGUCGCAAACAAUAAAAGAAACCAGAAGUAAGCGAAGAAGGGUCAGCAAAAUCCCAAGUCCUGGACAGCAAGAAACAGAGUCACAAAUUACAACUUUGGAAAUUGAAAAUCUACAAGUCUGGGAAAUCAAAGAAAAACUGAAGGACCUUGGGAUUCAAACACGUUUUCGAAAAAUAGAAAAGCUCAGGGAAAUUUUGCGUCAAGCCCUCGUCACAGAGUAG